GACCUAAAGUUCUUGGGGGCGGACUAGCUAAUCCUUACCUAUCAAUAGUCCGUCGGACCAGUACUUUUGAGAAUGAAAAAUAUUAUUUUAAUAGGAAUAUUAGAAAAAAAUAAACAACAACCAAAAAAAAAACCUCGUUCGUGUGUACUUUCGUUUUCUUUUAAAGCGUUCGGCUCACCUUGCCUGACUACAAUAUACGACAAUGGCCGAGGUGUGCCGAGCGUUGUGAAAGCACUUAAGUCGCAUCACUAUAACGUUUUAUUGCUGCUCUUAAAUAAAAACUAAUUUCAAGCGUCAGUUCGAUUGCAUCAGUUUGACAGCGUGGUGGGAAAGGCGCCAUGAGUAAAAAGGGCCAACAAACAUUGUUUGAUUUAAAGUUCGUCAGUUCAGCUGCUGAAAACGGUAAAAGGAAAAGUUCUGAUGAAAAUAAAGAUCAAAAAUAUGACAAAAACAAGCGAAAAAGAACAUUUCAAGAAGGUUGGAAAGAACGAUAUCCGUGGGUUGAUCAGGAUGAUGAUGGACUUAUGUUUUGUAAGUACUGUCGCAGUUUCCCUGAAUUUGCCAACAAAUCGAGCGCCCUGUAUAAAGGAACAACAAAUCUAAAGAUAGAUCCUUUGAUUUCACAUGAUAAGACGAAUGAACAUUUAACAGUUAGUAAACAUUAUUUAACCAAAAAAAAUCCCAUUUCCAAUGACCAGAACAACAACGAGGCAGUCGCAGAAUAUCGGAACAAACUAUUACCCGUGAUUAAAGACACGGAGAUAGGCAAAGCUUUUUAUAAAUUGUCUGAAGAGGAGAAGAAAAAAAUGACAGUCCUUUUCAAUACUGCGUAUGCAGUUGCACGAAAUGGAAAACCAUUUUCAGAUUAUUUGUACAUUUAUGAAUUGAACAGCUUGAAUGGAUUAGAUAUAAACGGUCAAUAUAACAAUAUAAUUGCCUGUGAAAAUUUUAUUGAGGCUAUUUCACAGACUUUAAGAGAAAGAAUUUGUGAUGAAGUUCUGAUGACAAACUGUGUCAGUAUACUUGCUGAUGGAUCUACAGAUGCCGCAAUAUUGGAACAAGAAAUUGUCUAUCUGCGGUAUGUGCAUCCAAUUUCUGGGAUACCAGUGUGUAGACAGAUUGACAUUAUAGCAGUAAAAUCGUCGGAUGCCUCUGGAGUCUUGGGUGCACUGAAUGCAGCAGUGGAAAAUGGUUUAAAUCUGAAAAUGACCGAUUUUCAUCCUGAUAACAAAGGAACUCCAUCUCUCAUCAUGGCGAACUUUGACGGUGCUUCUGUAAACUUUGGAUCAAAGUCUGGUGUUGUUGCACAAAUGAAAAAAGACUUUACCAAUAUUUUGGCUCUGCAGUGUGUAGCUCAUAAGUUAGAACUAUCUAUUUUAGAUGCUGUUAAGUGUUGGAAGUAUCUAAGUGACACAUUUGAAGACAUCAUUAAGGGUAUUUUCAAAUUUUAUCACUACUCCCCAAAAAGGAGGAGGGAACUUAGGGCAAUUGCUGAGAUAUUAGAAAAAGAACUUAUUCACUUUUCAAAUGUAAAACAAGUCAGGUGGCUUGCUAGCAAGGCUAGGGCUAUUGAUGCUGUGAAAAAAAAUUUUGAGCAAGUUGUAACACAUUUAGAACAUAAUAAUUUGUCUAGCACAUAUACAGAGGGUGCAAGUAAAGCCCUAGGGUAUGUCAAAAAAAUAACAACUGUCAAGUUUGUAAAAGUUUUGCAUUUCAUGCUAGACUUUUUACCUGUAGUUGCAAAUCUGUCCAAAUCAUUUCAGUCUGAAACUGUGUUGUUGUGUGAAGUUACCAUUUUAGUAGAUGGGGCCAUUUUAGCCCUGGAGGGUUUGAAAACAAGCAAUGGGGCUAAUAUGAAAGAAUUUUUAGAAAAUUUUGACACUGUGACCUCAAAAUAUGGCAAUGUAAAAUUGACAAACAAACCACAAACACUCAAUUACUCAGAUGAUGCUGAUGUUAAAAAGUUUUUGUCUGAUGUCAUUACUUAUUUAAUGAAGAGGUUUGAUGCAUUGUACAAACCCCCAUUUUCUUUGUUCAGUGUUUUUAAUGUCAAGAACUGGCCAGUGCUAGUACCAGAACUAGGCAAGUAUGGUGUUGAUGAGAUAAUGUCAAUUGUCAGUCAUGAAUGUUUUUCAUUUUUAUUCAAUGAAGCUGAAAAGGCUGUUGUUCUUUCACAGUGGUCACUUUUGAAAGCAAAAGUUAGGCAUCUUAGGCAUGUAUCAUUAGUUGAUAUUUAUUCCUCAGUUAUUGCUGAGGACAGACAAUCAAAGCAUCUCCCUGUCAUAUGUAAGGUGAUUGAAGUUAUGAUGACACUUUCCCCUAGCACUGCCAGUUGUGAAAGAGGAUUUUCAACCCAGAACAUUGUAAAAACAAAUAGACGGACAAAACUUACUCAGAACAAUUUGCGAAAUCAAUUACUCUUGAUGUUAGAAGGUCCUGAUUUGAAAGAUUUUAGGGCAGAAAAAAGCAUAGCACAGUGGUUGCUCUCUGCUAAUAAAAGUAGACAUGUACAUGGUCACAAACUGCAUGAGAAAGACUCUGAAUAUGAUGAUGAAACAAAUAUGUCUUAUGAUGCCUCAAAAGUUAAUUAAAACUAAGCAUUACAG